AUGGCCAACAAUGCGGAGAGAGGUGGUGAUGUGAACACCCUCAGCGUGCCAAUGGUCAUGCGUAGAGGAGGUUCAGAGACUUGUUUAGAUCUGGAUUCUGAUCUGGUGGUACGUGACACCCCACGAUCACGUACUGGUCUGGACACCCUGCAGCAGAAAGUGCUAAAAGUGAAAGAGCAGCUGAGAAUUGAGCAAAAUUUACAGGAUGAGAACGUGGCUGAGUAUCUCAAACUCAUUAACAGCGCCGACAAGCAGCAGAGCAGCCGCAUCAAACAGGUGUUUGAGAAAAAGAACCAGAAAACGGCACACAAUAUCGCUCAGCUUCAGAAGAAGCUAGAGCAAUAUCAACGCAAGAUGAAGGAGUGUGACAUCUCGAAUGGGACCAAACACACGCCACCACACUCCAAAGAAAAUGAGAUGCUCAAAGACAACCUCAAGGACAGUGUGGUCACAGGAAGUGGGCGCCACCCACAUUUGGACAAAGUCAAAACUAUUGGCCCGGGAGUUUCACUGUCGCCACCGUUCUUCUUCAGCAAAUCCAGAGAGAUUGCAAACCUCAUUCGUAACAAAUUUGGUAGCGCGGACAACAUUGCACACCUGAAGAGCACCAUGGAGACGGGAAGUGGGCUGCAGGCGGAAGGGGGAGCCCGAAACCUGAGCGGCAGCGCCACCAUAACCCCUAAACCCAAAUACCCGAGUGAUGACGAGUGCUCCACAGAAACGUCAAUGUCAGUUGAGAGUAAUGGUCAUGUGACUGGAUCAGGUGUGACAGGGCAGCACAGCGGGUCUGGGAGAGAAGAAGGCCAAGGGGAAAACAGCAGCCGGCUGGUGGAAGCUUGGGAGGAGAUCAGGGAGUUGAGGGAAGCUCAGAAUCUACUGUCAGAAGACAUUGACACUCUGAAGACCCAGUUUAGAUGUGAAUUUGAGAAUAUUAUGCAAACACUACAAGAGGAGCGGUUCAGGUGUGAGCGGUUGGAAGAACAGCUGAACGACCUCACAGAACUCCAUCAAAACGAGACCGGAAACCUUAAACUGGAGCUAGCCAGCAUUGAAGAGAAGAUGGCCUAUCAAGCUAAUGAACGAGCACGAGAUAUACAGGAUGCUUUAGAAGUUUGUCAGACGCGAGUGAGUAAGUUGGAGUUACAGCAACAGCAGCAGCAGGUCUUGCAGUUGGAAAGCGCAGAUGCCAAAGUGCUGCUGGGAAAAUGCAUCAACAUCAUGCUGGCCAUCGUCACCGUGAUCUUGGUGUGCGUCUCCACUGCUGCUAAGUUUUCCGCUCCACUGAUGCGAAGUCGUCUACACAUGUUCGGGACUUUCGCAUGCGUGUGUCUACUGGUGUAUAGCUGGAGCAACUGGGAGCAGUUGCAGUGUGCAAUAGAACGAAUGCUGCUGCACAGAUGAGGGACAUGAAACAUGCAUGUUCAGUGAUGUUCUCGUCAGAUAAAGUGCUCCUCCUGGGAUGUUCCCUUCAUAAUGUGACUGUCCUAAGAUGAUGGCUUUAACACUUUCCUUCUUUUCUUCUUCUUUUUUUUGGUCUGUUGUGUUUUUGUGUGUAUGUGAAAGAGUAUUCAUGAUGUACUGUAGCAGAAACGGGUCCAUCUCUGUGACUAUAUUGUGUUAUUUCGAAUAACUUUUGUUAGCUGUGUCUUAAAAGUAAAGGUUAACUUUACACGUUUUAUUUGUUUUUAGGUGGCGAUGGUGUGUAUAGUCUCACAAAAACACAUCUGGGUAAUAUUUCAUCCCACAAUCAUAAGAAAAAUAUAUUUUGCAUAAAGAACAUGAAGACUAAUUAGAGACCAUAGAUAUAUUAAUAUUAUUAUUUUGUUUAUUUUAUUUUAUUUUUGUAUCAUUAUUAAUAUUUUUUUUGUACUGUGACAUUAUUGUCAUGAUACAUUUUCUCAUGGGUGGUUUACUUUUGAGUAAAUCUCAUUAUUAUUAUUCUAAAUAUUCUUCAUUAUUCAUGUAUUUGAUUCUAUCUGAAAACAACAGCUGAAGAAAAUUGUAGUAACUUUUUUUCUCAUUUUAAUAAUACGUUUUUUAUUGCAGUAAUGAGAACGUUUGGGAAAUGUUUAAUUAUAAUGUUAGAAUGCAAAAAAGGUAAUGGUCUUAAAAAAUGCUUGAUUUUCUUUAUGCAGUAAAAUGUAUGCUUAUUUUUUUUAUUUUAAAUUUUGGGUGAAAUGCAAACAAAUACGCACAUGUUUUAGACAUGCUUUGUGAGUUUCGUCCGUUUACUGUUUUCUAGCAUUAUUUGUACUAUUAAAAUGGCCUGAAGUUCUUUUCACCGGCACUUUAAACACAGCGCCCAGGUUUAUGAGAUUCUGUGUGGGGUAUUUUUGUUUUUAUACUUUAGUCUGAGCAGUGGUGCUCUGUACUGACCAUAAAAGAUGGUAACACUGUCUUUUUGUUUGUUGUGUAAUAGAAAUGCCUUGGGGGUUAUAGAAACUAGAACAUGAGAAGGAAACAAAUGUCUCUGUCAAGUUUAUGUAACAUUCUGAACUGUCCCUCAUGGAAGUUCUAAUUACUAUUUUUUUAUAUACAUUUUUAAUUUGCUUUGUUUAAUGUAUGCUUUAAUGAUUCCCACAAUGCAAAUUGAUUUCAGCAUUAUUACCACUGUCCCUUUGAGUGUGUGCCUACCUGUGGUUUUGACUGAAUAUUGUAUAAGCCACAAAAUCUGAAUUUACCCACCAACCUGAACUAAAAUGUGGUGUAUAAUUAGAUUUUUAGAGGCCUUUUACCUUUUAAGCAUGGGGAAAGUGAUUUUAUACAUGCUUCAGUGUCCAUGUGGUAGGAGACUGGUCUGGUCUUAAAUGUGGUCUAAACCUAAAAAUAAACGGCCUCAUUUUUACUGAAA